AGUUGAAAUAACCUUGAAAACUACUUGAACAAAACAGAAGUCCAUCAAUGGUUUAAUAGUUAACUACGCAAAAAAUAUAAGAAUGCUUAUAUUUUUAUGUAAUUAAUACAUACCAGUUGUCAGUCAAAAUCUUUAAAAUGGCCAGUUCUGUAAUAUUAGCUGGGCUUGGAAUGGCAGCAGUUGGCUUUGCAGGUCGUUAUAUCUUAAGACAAGUACCCAAUGCUUCAGUGAAGUUUGCAGAGGCUAUUAAAAACUUACCCAAAUUUGAUAGUGAAUCCUUAGCCAAUUCAAAGUAUUAUAAAGGAGGAUUUGAACCCAAAAUGACGAAACGAGAAGCUGCAUUAAUUUUAGGAGUCAGUCCCACAGCAAGUAAAACCAAGAUUAGAGAUGCCCACCGAAAAAUAAUGUUACUCAAUCAUCCAGACAGAGGCGGUUCACCAUUGAUUGCAGCCAAAAUAAAUGAAGCAAAGGAUACAUUAGAAAGUGGAAAAUCAUAAAUACUGCUAAAGUAAUUGCAGAGUAGGUCUUAUGGUCAACUGUUAGUUUGCUAAAAAAGUAAUUUGUGCAGACUAUAGUGUAGCUGUAGAACAAGCAAGUUUGUUAUACAUAAGUUGUUAGCAAUAAAAAACAUUUUUAACA